AUGGCUAGAUCGAGCAAAGCCCCCGACGAUGCUAAGGCUGGCUUUGACAUAGGAAGUACCAGCACGCGAGCUUGCGUCGAGUGUCCAUCGAGAGAACUUUGCAUCGAGGUCGAGAACAAGGACAUAUCCAAGGCAUCAUCCCAUAAGCACGACCCGGGAUACUACACGUCGACAGGAUACCCGUUUGAUGACGAUAACGAGGAAGUCUACUUGGGCGAAAAGACUGACCCCGACCGAUUGGCGAUAUCUCUCAAGUAUGCCUUCUACGUCUUAUCGGAUGCCUCUGACGAUGUUAUGAGCCAAUAUGCUUUGAUCAAGCCACUGCGGAAGCGUAUGAAUGAGGAGGGCUUUCGCAAGAGACUCCGCCGAGGUCUCGUCGACCUGUUCUCGAAGAUCUGGAAGCAGAUCGAGAAGCUUUGCAAACUAGAGCGGCUCAGGAUCACGACGAUUAGUCUUUCCAUCCCGGCCCAAUGGACGGAUAGCAGUGGAAAGUUCACCGAAGUCUAUGAAGACAUCAUGCGUGAAGUCAUUGGGGCGGGUUCCCGUGACAUGGAGUUCUGCUUCGUUACCGAGACCGAGGCAUUGGCUCAUUACCUGCUGAAGGAUCACCUCGAAGAGCUUCGCCGCCAUGGACACCGCGGUGAACAUAGUGCCUUUUUGUUCCUUGACUUUGGCGGUCACAAUAUGAACGGCUGCAUUUUCAAUGUUGUCUAUGGCGAAGAUCAUGAAGCAAGCUUCUACAGGGUUGGCGAGGCUUUCGGCGCGGGAGGUAGAAGCGAGCAGUGGUCUUACGACGUCAGCGAAUUGUGCAUCGAGCGGACCGAAAGUCUAACGGGCCGGCGCAUGACAGCUGAGAAGAAACAAGAGCUUGUCGACAAGUUCGACAGAUUCAAGGAUAGUCUGGGCCCUGGUUUUGAGGACGAAAAGCCUUUUGAAUUCGAAGGAACGAUCGUUUCGCCCGAGGAGUUAAGACUCCUUUUUGAGAAGGCGCACGACAAGAUCCUCAAGCUGGCAAAACGUCACAUCGCAAAACUCUCCAAGUUCAAGAUAACCGACAACACCGUGGUCGUUGCUGGUGGAACAGCAAAGCAUGCCGGCAUCAAGCAACGCCUCCGAGAGAUGUGUCUGAAGAAAGGGGUGUCAGAGCCAGUAUUUGUCAACGUUGAUCUCUGCGCGCGUUACGACAUUGACGAUUUCUUGCGACAGGGCGCUGCGUUUGGCAUACAGCGGAAGGCUGUAGGGACCGGACCAGGCUCUGGCAAGAACAAAUACUGGGAAGACACUGCAGAGGACAAGAAGGAUGCUCUCGACCUUAACUUUGCGACCGGCUGCGACGAGUUCAAGAUCAUCUGCGACCCAUUCUUUGGGCGCACUGGCUCAUCUCGACUGUUUUAUGACAGAUGCUACGACGUCCUGUACAUUGGCAAGCUGAAGAGGGGUGGCUCUAGAAUUGCGAUGUCCUUGGAGAAGAGAGACGGCAAAGACUUUGAUGUACUCAAAUCUGAGUGGGCGCACGUCAGAACUAAGGGCAUGAAGGAGUGGGUUAGCCCAGGCUUCACAUCCCGCCCACUACCUCUGAGCUUUGACUGUGGGCCCAUCUGCUUCUUUCUGGAUGAUGAGGAGCUCGACUUCGAACGACUAUUGGCGGGAGGCACCAAGAUCGGCAUAGCCGCCAGAACGCGUGCCAGCUUGGCGCGGCAAGAUGGCAGCAUCAAGACAUCACCUCGUUCAACCCCAAAUGUGGAGGCCUCUCAGCAUACGGCACCUAUCGACGAUGGAGUCUUGAGUUCAGCAGAGAUACGUAACAUGGGCGAUGAUUCUGCCGCACCCAACCUGUCGCAACAAAAUACUCGACCGGAGUACUCAGCUGCCUCUUUCGAGUUACAUCCUGCCCGGCAGUCUCCCAAUGGUUCGGCGACCCCACAGCCAGCACCAGUGACUGAAAUGGUGAUUGAUACUCAGAGCGACAAUCCGUAUCAACAGGAAGUGACGACCUCACAACCGGCACCGGUGGCUCAAAUGAUGAUCGAUGUCCAGGGUAACACUCCCCGUGUCAGCAGGAACACAGAGCAUCAAGACCAGUUGACAUAG